UCGGAAGUUCGCAACGAGACAUGGCGGAAGCUGCUGUAGAAAACAGACCGUCUUUAAACAGAUUUUACUGUCAUAGUUGCUCACAAGAAAUAAGUCCUAAACCAGACUAUACCUGCCCAAGAUGUGAUAAUGGAUUUAUAGAAGAAAUUACAGAAGGGUUUCAGGAGAGAGAUGCACAAACUCCAUCAGAGACUCCAACAGUUGACCCGGCCGCUCAGUUUGCAGAGCUAUGGGGACGGGCAUUUUUAGACAGCUUUCAGAACCAAGUAACUGGUACAACAGCUCCCACUAGAGAACGAACCGAAGACUCCGAUUCUGAAGAGGAGGAGAGGAAUCACCCACAGCCUCAUGGACUUCGUCCAUCUAGGAUAAGGCCAUUUAGGAUAUCAGUCCGGACAGGCAACCGACGUCCGGUGAAUAGACAACAGCAACAUAUACAUGGGUUACUACAGAUGUUUGUAGAUAGAUUAACAGGAGAAAUGGGCCAGCCUGUAAACUUCAUGCCGAUCCACGGUAACCCAGGUGACUACGCCUGGGGCGUCAGUGGACUAGAUAACAUUAUUACUCAGCUGUUGAACCAGCUUGAAGGGUCAGGUCCUGCCCCUGCUGACAAGACAAAGAUAGAUUCAUUACCUUCAGUACAGGUCACUGAGAAGCAAGCAACUGAGACUCUGCAGUGUUCUAUUUGUAUGGAAGAUUUAAGUUUAAAUGAAAUUGUUAAGAAGCUACCAUGUGAGCAUCAUUACCAUAAGGACUGUAUUGUACCCUGGCUAGAAAUGCAUGGAACCUGUCCAGUAUGUAGAAAGGAUUUAAAUGGUAUCGACUCGUCCUUGAAGGAUGACUACCCCAACCCAGUAGACUUAAUGGAAUCUGGUAACCUCACACCCGACUCGGCCUCUGGAGGCCAAGACCCAGACUCUGUAGCUGAUGAUGAUGUUUAAGUUGUGACCUUGUUUAGAUUUUAAAAUGUGAUAGAGACAUGUUGGGACAAGCAGAAAGCUGGUUAUGGACGUCUCUGAUCACUUCCAACAUGUUCAGUAGGAGUCCUGACCAUGCUUCACCUGUGGAUUUAAUGUAUUGACAUAAUACAAAGUUUGCAGCUAUCUGCAGAUAUGGACUCCCUUUUGUCGAUAUCCUUGUGCUGCAGUGAUAUGUGGCAAAAAAUAGGAAAUAUAAUGGAUUUUUGACUGGUCUGAAAUUUAAAUAUACACAGAAUAUCUACUUUGGAAAUUAUAUUUGAAUAGUUAAUAACACUCUGCCAGGGCAGUGUAGCAUAUCCCUGUCAUGUACCUGUUUCCUGUGAAUAUGUGCAUGAAGUUGAGUCUGGGAUUCAGUUGUGUGGAUAUUUGUGUGUGAUAUAUGAGCAGGACAUGAGUGAACGAUGAAUGUUUCGUAAAUAAAAAAAAAGAAACA